AUGAGGAGGGCUUCCAAUAAGAUCCCAGGUCUGAAAUCAAAUGGUAGCUGGAUCACUAAACCGAAUAAAAUUAAAAGUGAGGUGAUGAGAUUCUUUCGAGAGCGCUUUAGUGACGGAUAUCGGGUUAGGCCUAACCUGUUAUGUGAAAACACUAAGGAAUUUAAGCAAGAGGAGAAGGAGUUGCUAACCAUGCCUUUUUUGAUGGCCGAAAUAAAAGAUGCGGUUAAUGAUUGUGGGGAUGAUAAAGCGCCCGACCCUGAUGGUUUUAAUGUGAAGUUUAUUAAGAAAUUCUGGUAUUUAUUCGACAAAGACUUCAAAGAUAUUAUGGAUGAGUUCUUUGACUGUGGGAAGAUUAGUGUCGGAGGCGGACAUUCGUUUAUAACUCUGGUCUCAAAAAUAAAAGAUCCUGUUGAGCUAAACAACUACAGUGCUAUCAAUCUUAUUGGUAUUAUAAGUAAAGUGGUGUCUAAAGUCCUUGCCAACCGGCUUAAAAAGGUUAUUGGUUCUAUGAUCUCCGAAGUUCAGUCGGCUUUCAUCAAAGACAAUUAA